UUACUACGUAGUCAAGCUCAAAUAAUUAGUCAGUUCGGUCCAGUGAACAGCCAGCCAGUGUCACUCCACUAGUCGUGUCAAAGUCGUCUUGUUGAUUGCUCGCGAUUGUCCGACGCUUUCAAGAAAUAGUGUAAUUUAUAAUUAUAAUUUUAAUCUAGUUAACGAAGUUUUACCCUAUACACACAUUACAUAGUUCUGUGAUCAUUUAACAUGAACUCUAAAAUGCAGUGAAUCUGACUUAACACGUAGGCUACGUGUGUUGUAAGAAGCCAAUCUAUACCUAAAGCUCUAAAGAACAAGAUCAAUGAUUAACAUGAGUGCCCAGCAAAGCCCGGCGGCGAAUAUGCAGUCCGUGGACAGAGAAAAGAUAUUUACGUGGAUCUUGGAGUUGUGUAAUCCUGAGACACGCGAAAACGCGUUGUUGGAACUUAGCAAGAAACGUGAAAAUGUGCCAGACCUGGCACCCAUGCUGUGGCAUAGUUUCGGUACUAUAUCGGCGCUGCUGCAGGAGAUCACCAACAUCUACGUGGCUAUGAUUCCGCCGACGCUCACGGCUCACCAGAGCAACCGUGUCUGCAAUGCCCUAGCACUCAUGCAAUGCGUCGCCUCACACCCGGAGACACGUUCGGCCUUUCUACAAGCUCACGUGCCUUUAUUCUUGUACCCUUUCCUACAUACCGUAUCUAAAACGCGUCCAUUCGAAUACCUUCGCCUAACUAGUCUUGGAGUUAUUGGAGCCUUAGUGAAAACAGAUGAACAAGAAGUUAUUACAUUUCUGUUGACUACUGAAAUUAUUCCAUUGUGUCUGCGGAUCAUGGAGAAUGGGUCUGAACUGUCCAAGACUGUAGCUACCUUUAUUUUACAGAAGAUAUUACUUGAUGAUAGUGGCCUUUGUUACAUAUGCCAGACCUAUGACAGAUUCUCGCAUGUAGCUAUGAUAUUAGGAAAAAUGGUACUCUCUCUGGCCAAAGACCCAUCAGCUCGGUUGUUGAAACAUGUAGUGAGGUGCUACUUGCGCCUAUCAGACAAUGCAAGAGCUAGAGAGGCUCUGAGGCAAUGCUUGCCAGACCAAUUGAGGGACUCAACGUUUGCUGCCUGUCUCCAGGAGGACAAUUCGACGAAGCACUGGCUAGCCCAGUUGAUUAAAAAUUUGGAAGCCCAGCCACCCCCGGCCAGUCCGGCACCACAGAACAUGUACAAAACAAGAUGAAAGCACUAAUUUUGUAUGCAGUCGUAGUGGACUAGGAUUAAAACCAUUUUAAUUAUUUCAA